AUGUCAUCGUACUACACGGAAAAGCAUCGUCACUCAAGGCGACGUGAACAUCCCGUCGCGGGGACGGUGAUGCGCCGGGUGGAAGUGAGGAGACCGUCAGUGGAGAAGUCUCCACCACCGGCUUCUGCGCCGCCCUCAGCCAAGGAACCCGCCAAGGAGCCUCCCAAGGAACCAGCAAAGGAGGAACCUAAGGAGGAAGCCAAGGAGACAUCCAAGGAGAAAGAAGCGGCCUCGCCACCAGCGCCGGAAUGGUCCAAGUGGGAGCCUAUUGAAGGCGCCGGAUGGGACGGUCACUGGAGGGCAAAGGCUGGGGAAGAUGGUGGAUGGGUGUAUCAGUUUACCAAGGACUUCUCAACAAUCUGGGAGCAAAGGCCCGUAGAGGCCGCUCCUCCGACCAAGGCGUCGUCGGCGUCGGCGUCGACAGCUGCCUCGGCACCUCCAGCUGGUGAGCCAGUGCUAUUUGAAGAGACCGCUGCUCUUGCUGCUGCUGCUACUGCGAUUCAACCCCCCGAGCAGCCGCCGCCAUCCACCAACUAUGUGGCUGGGAGCGGCUGCGCCUGCGCGUUAUGUUAUUACGAUGCUGCUGCUGCUUUGCAUUCGCUGCCAAAUGACGUUGCCAACCUAACAGUCAGUGGGAAUAGAGACGUCAGCCGCCACCAACACACACAAGCAACAACAACAACCAAAAGCCCUUCCGCCACCCCCGCCGAGCAAGGCCUCGUCGCCGCCGGCCAAGCAGGCUACCCAACCGCCGCCGCCGCCGCCGGCCCAUCACAAGAAGGCGCCCACCGUCACAGUCCAGGCUCUACCUCCGCCGCCCGCUCCAGAGGCAGCAAAAAGAGUAGUCGCCACCACUAUCACGCUUCCCACAAAUCCUCCCAUCACCGUCCCCAUGGUGCCGACACGGCCACUCGUCAUCCGAAGGAAAUUGGCGAUGUCGUGAGCGCCGAGAAGGAGAAGAAGUAUGACCCGCAGAAGAUCGUAGACAACUGGGUAUGGGAGUGGGGCUAUGGUGCUUGA